AUGGGAUAUCCGAAAACAUUAAAAGCGGUUUCUAGGAAAUUGACUAACAAUAUUGUAAUUGCAUCAUGUGGCUUUACUAGAGUUAAUACUCUUAAUUUUGGAGCUAGAAUGGCUUUGUUUAAUUACGAUAAUAAUAUUGUAGUUUGGUCUGCAAUUCCUUACGGAGAUGAGGUUAUUAAGGCAUUGGAAUUAUUAACAGGAAGCAACGAGGGUGCAUUCAAUAUCACACAUUUGGUUAUUCCAGAUAAAGAACAUACAAUGGCUGCUAGAUCAUUCAAAUCGAACUAUCCUAAUAUGAAAAUUAUCGCAAUGGAAACGGUGGAUUUGGGCGCAGACUGUCCAAUUGACUACACAAUUAAGUCGAAGGUAGCUAACAAGCUAAUUGAUAAGCGUGUAUUAUCAGAAGAAAUAGGAAUCCAAGACUCAGUUAUUUUAAAUAACUUUGAAUUUGUAUAUCUACCAGUACAUGCAAACAAGGAACUAGUCAUGUUUGAUAAGAAUUCCAAAAUCCUUUUCGAAGCUGAUUUGCUUUUCAAUUUGGGGGUUCCAGGUACGACCUCAGGAAAGGUCAAAUUGGAGCAAUUCUCUACAUCUACUGGUUAUUCGGAGAAUUUCAGACCACACCUGGGCCGCUCAUUUUUAACUAGGUAUCUUCAACCCAAUAGCAAGGUAGGAAACUGGCUUGCCAAUUCAGUUACUAAGACAAGUAACCCUGAUUCUCAAAAAGGGUUAAGAACGAUCUACAAUUCGUGGGAUUUCGAGAAGAUUGUAAUGUGUCAUGGUAACAUUAUUGAGAAUGAUGCUAAAGGUGCUUUCAAGAGUGUAUUCAAAAGCGCAUUGAAAUGA